AAGCAGCAAUCAGACCUACCAUAAGACCAUCGCUCUGCUGAGCUUCCACAAAUUAGGAUGUCGCCCAAUCGCGAUCAACCCGGCAUCCCAUUGAAAAUAACCGUCAUUGGCGCCGGUAUCGCCGGUCUCUCCUCCGCGAUAGCACUCGCCGACUCAAAUCUCAACCACCAGAUCACAGUUCUCGAAUCCAAUACCUCCCUCAGCGAGUUCGGCGCCGGCCUGCAACUCUUUCCCAAUAGCACCCGCAUCUUGAACAAAUGGGGCCUCACAACAUCCCUGGAGAAGGUCGCGGUCCAGUCCUCCCAUAUGUCCUUCCGCCGCUGGGAGGAUAACACCGAGUUGGCCAUCAACAUGAACAACCCCACCAACACAUGGCUCUACGGCUGUCCCCAAUGGCAGAUUUACCGACCUGACCUGCAGCAAGUGCUUUUCGAGCGCCUAAAACAGCAGUCCAAUGUAACGGUUCUCUUCGGCGAAUCCGUCGUCUCCGUGGACCACGAGACCGGCACUGUCAACACGUCAAACGGGAAUAACUUCGAGGCAAAUCUUGCCGUCGCAGCUGAUGGAAUCUGGUCUCGCUCCAGGCGAUGCCUACCCGCGUCAAAAGAUAUACUCCCCACGCCAUAUAAAGAACAUCACUACCGCGCGGUGAUUCCGCGGUCGCGAAUGAUUUCCAACCCCGUGACGGCGGGGUUCAUGUCGUCCCGCGAGACGAAAGCGUGGGUGGGACCCGGCGUGUUCGUGCUGGGGUAUACGGUUGCCUCGAACGAGUUGUAUAAUGUUGUUAUUGGGGUCCCGCGGCCGAGCCAAAGGGCGCCCCUUGGACGGUGGAAUCACACUGCCGAUGUUGAAGCCAUGCGGGGGCUUGUAUCGGGGUGGUGUGAGGAGGUGCGCGCGUUGGUCUCCCUCGUUCACAAGGGGGAGUGCGUUUCCUGGACGCUGGGGGAGGUCGGUCCGAUUCCUAGCUAUGUGAGCACGUCUGGACGACUGGCUCUUAUUGGGGACGCAGCCCAUGCUCUUCUCCCGCAUGCUGCACAAGGGGCGGGCAUGGCGCUGGAGGAUGCGGCUAGCCUUGCGGAGUUUCUGGGCCAUUUGACGUCGACGGAAGAUGUGGCCUCGAUGAUGGGGGCCUGGAGCGGGUUUCGACAGGCUCGCGUGGAGCAUUUGCGUAGUAUCAGCCGGGGCACUGCGGUUGAUAUGACGCUUCCGGAUGGCGAGCUUCAGAUUGCACGGGAUGUGAAAUGGAGUGCUAUUCGCGAUCACCAGCGAGCGCAGUUGGCCGAGCUCGGGAUUGAGAAGGUGAGAGAGAAGGUACUCAGGAAUAGACCGGCUCCUGAUCCAGCUUGUAAAAGCACGGUUGAACCGGGUGGAAGGAUGUGGGUGCAUGGGUUUGAUGUGAGUGAGGAGAGUAAGAAGUUCUGUCUUGAGCGACUGGGAGUGGGGGUAUAGUUUGGGAGAUGACAACUUGCAUGUCAUGACAUUUUGGGCCGUAUAGCUUCUGGCCACGAGCUGAUCAUCUCAUUUCGGAGCAAUCGGCACUUCUGGCUCGACAUCCCCGUAGGAACUCUGGGUGUUGGUCGUCGCGGAUCUUAAAACGACCCUCAAGUCAUGGGCAGGGGUUUGUGUGCU